AAAAGCAAGCUCAUUUGAUAUUUUUCAGUUGUUUGAUUUUAAAAAUGAUGUAUAUUUUUUAGAUAAUUUGUUCGACAAGGAUAUGGUAUACUGUACAAGUACCAACAAUUAUGGCGUUAUGGAAAAUGAUAAUGAUGAUGAUAAAAUAAUAAAAAUACAACCUUUAAAUGAGAAAUUAAAAAAUGGAAAAGCUGAAUUUAAAGAUAUAUUAUUAUAUUUAUAUACUUACAUGUUGGAUGAUUGUCAAAGAGAUGAAUUAAUAAAAGAGAAGGAAUUGUUUUUAAAAAUAUGUACAGAAGAAAUAAUAAAAAAGGAGGAAGGAAAUGAAAAAAAUAAUAUAUAUACACAUCAAAAUAUUUAA